GCACGACGGGCGGGGUCAGCCCGCAGUGGCCCACUGGGAGCCGGAGGCGGAGCUUGCGCGGAAAACCCACAUUCAGGGUGCCGCUCCCGGCCAUGGCCGAGAAGCGGGCCCGGGACCCAGAUCCGGUCCCUAACCCGUCGGUGCUGUUCCUGCACCCGGACCUAGGUGUAGGCGGCGCCGAGCGGCUGGUGCUGGACGCGGCGCUGGCGCUGCAGGCACGCGGGUGUAGCGUGAAGAUCUGGACAGCGCACUAUGACCCGGGCCACUGUUUCUCUGAGACCCGCCAGCUGCCGGUGCGCUGCGCCGGGGACUGGCUGCCGCGCAGCCUGGGCUGGGGUGGCCGCGGCGCCGCGGUCUGCGCCUAUGUGCGCAUGGUGUACCUGGCGCUCUACGUGCUGUUCCUCGCUGACGAGGAGUUCGAUGUGGUCGUAUGCGACCAGGUGUCUGCCUGUAUCCCUGUGUUCAGGCUGGCCAGACGACGUAAGAAGAUCUUGUUUUACUGUCACUUCCCAGAUCUGCUUCUCACCAAGAGAGAUUCUUUUCUUAAACGGCUAUACAGAGCCCCAAUUGACUGGCUAGAAGAAUACACCACAGGCAUGGCAGACUGCAUCCUGGUCAACAGCCAGUUCACAGCUACUGUUUUUAAGGAAACAUUCAAGUCCCUAUCUCACAUAGACCCUGACAUCCUGUACCCAUCUCUGAAUGUUGCCAACUUUGAUUCAGCUGUUCCUGAAAAGCUUGAUGACCUAGUCCCCAGGGGAAAAAAAUUUCUGUUCCUCUCCAUCAACAGAUAUGAAAGGAAGAAAAAUCUGACUUUGGCACUGGAAGCACUAGUGCAACUGCGUGGAAAAUUGACAUCCCAAGAUUGGGAGAGGGUUCAUCUGAUCAUAGCAGGUGGUUAUGAUGAGAGAGUCCUAGAGAAUGUGGAACACUAUCAGGAGUUGAAGAAAAUGGUCCAACAGGCUGACCUUGAACAGUAUGUGACCUUCUUGAGGUCUUUCUCAGACAAACAGAAAAUCUCACUUCUCCAUGGCUGCACGUGUGUGCUUUAUACACCAAGCAAUGAGCACUUUGGCAUCGUCCCUCUUGAGGCCAUGUACAUGCAGUGCCCCGUCAUUGCUGUUAAUUCAGGUGGGCCUUUGGAGUCCAUAAUCCACGGUGUCACGGGGUUUCUGUGUGAGCCUGACCCAGUGCACUUCUCAGAAGCAAUAGAAAGGUUCAUCCAUGAACCUUCCUUAAAAGCCACUAUGGGCCUGGCUGGAAGAGCCAGGGUGAAGGACAGGUUUUCCUGUGAAGCAUUUACAGAACAGGUCUACCAUUAUGUAACCAAACUGCUUGUAUAAUCUGAUUCCUUUUAUGCAAUUUUUAUGAUUGUAGACCUAGUUUUGAAACCAAAAAACCUAGAAUCUAGUGCAAAAGAGAUUUAUAAAAAAAAUAAUAAUAAUAAACUUGAGUCUUGAAUCUGAGCUACCUUCCUGUACACCACACCUCCUUGUCUACUUUUCAGAGAAACUGUAUCUUUCAUGGUAUAAUCAUUCCAAGUCUUAGCAGUGUGAAUUUAUAAAUAUGGCACUAUUCCAUGUUCAACAGAAUAUUUUAAUUCUAUUUCCCCUAGAUUAUUCCUCUGCCUAUAAACUUAGAAUCAUAGUGUGCCUUAAUCAGUCUUGAUAGAUUAAGUGUGUUAUUAUCGAACUUGAUUAAUUUGGCUCCAUAGCAUAAUGAGAACAGGGUUACUGUUAUUCCCAGAAUCAGUCCACCAAAGUGUUCAUGAUCAUCUGCUAGGAAAUUUUUGUUAGUCAUACCAUUUCCUGGAUCCAUAGCAAGAGUGCUGUGUUUUUUUUUUGGUUUGGUUUGGGGCUUUUGACAAAGAUGAUUUAUUGUAUUUUUGCACAUGUAGACAUAAUAAAAGGUGUCUAUCA